AUGGGGGUUUUAGGGGCUGCUGGGGACGCCUUCCUGCACCUCAUCCCGCACGCCCUGGGUUUUGGGGGGUUUGGGGACAUUCGGGGGCUCCUGCGGCUGCUGCUGAGCUUCGCUGCGGGGGGGCUGCUGGGGGACGCCUUCCUGCACCUCAUCCCGCACGCCCUGGCCCCCCAUGAGCACCACGAGGGCCACGGCCACUCCCACCAUGGACACGAGCACCACGAGGGCCACGGCCACUCCCACCAUGGACACGAGCACCACGAGGGCCACGGCCACUCCCACCAUGGACACGAGCACCACGAGGGCCACGGCCACUCCCACCAUGGACACGAGCACCACGAGGGCCACGGCCACUCCCACCAUGGACACGGGCCGGCGCUGUCGGUGGGGCUGUGGGUGCUGGCCGGGAUUGUCACCUUGCUGGGGGUGGAGCUGGCGGUGCGGCACUGCGGGGACAUUUUGGGGCUCUUUGGGGACAUUUUGGGACACUUUGUUCCAUUUUGGGGACAGCUGGUGCCAUUUUGGGGCCCAUUUGCAGCCAUUUUUUCCCAUUUUGGUGCCAUUUUCCUCCCGUUUUUUGCCAUUUUCGGCCUGUUUGGAGCCAUUUUGUUGCUAUUUUUGGAGCCAUUUUUGGCCAAUUUGAGCCAUUUUGGUGCCAGUUUUGCUCCAUUUUGGAGCCAUUUUUUCCCAUUUUGGGACAUUUUGGAACCAUAUUUUGGCGCCAUUUUGGACCAAUUUUGAUCCAUUUUUUUGCCAUUUUGGUGCCAUUUUUCACCAUUUUGGAUCCUUUUGGUGCCAUUUUGGGCCCGUUCAGGGCCAUUUUGAGCUAUUUUGUGUCAGUCAAUUUGGAGUCAUUUUUGUCCAUUUCGGUGCCAUUUUUUGCCAUUUUGGUGCCAUUUUUGGUGCCAUUUUUGGCACUUUUGGAGCCAUUCUGGGCCCAUUUGGGGCCAUUUUGAGCCAUUUUUUCCCAUUUUGAUGCCAUUUUGGGGCCAUUUUUGACCAUUUUUUGCCAUUUUGCUGCCCUUUUGGAGCCAUUUAGGUGCCAUUUUUUGGCGCCAUUUUGGACCAAUUUUGAUCCAUUUUGGGCCCUUUUGGAGCCAUUCUGGUCCCACUUUUUGCCAUUUUGGUGCCAUUUUUUCACCAAUUUUUGCCAUUUUGGACCCUUUUGGUGCCAUUUUGGGCUGGUUUGGUGCCAUUUUGAGCUAUUUUGUGUCAGUCAAUUUGUAGCCAUUUUUGGCCAUUUUGGAGCCAUUUUUGGAGCCAAUUUUUGGCAACUUUAGUGCCAUUUGGUGCCAUUUAGAGCUUUUUUGGGUCAAUCAAUUUGAAGCCAUUUUUUGCCAUUUUGGAGCCAUUUUUUUGCCAUUUUGAGCCAUUUUGGUGCCAAUUUUGCUCCAUUUUGGAGCCGUUUUUUAUCAUUUUGGAGCCAUUUUUUAGUGCCAUUUUUGGCGCCAUGUUGGGCUUUUUUGGUGCCAUUUUUCAUCCAGUUUUUGCCAUUUUUAUCCAUUUCAGGCCCUUUUGGAGCCUCUUUUGUGCCAUUUUUGGCUAUUUUGGAGCCAUUUUGGGCCACUUUGGUGCCAUUUUGAGCUAUUUUGGGUCAGUCAAUUUGAUCCAUUUUUGGUGACUUUGGAGCCAUUCUGGUCCCAUUUUUUGCCAUUUUGGUGCCAUUUUUCACUGUUUUUUCACCAUUUGAGUGCCAUUUCUCACCGUUUUUUCCCAUUUUGGUGCAAUUUUUGUCAUUUGUUCACCAUUUUUCACCAUUUUGGAUCCUUUUGGUGCCAUUUUGGGCCCGUUCAGGGCCAUUUUGAGCUGUUUUG